GUACAUUAUUUAAUUAAACAGAUUAGAUACAUUUAACUUCAUAUACUAAAUUAGAAAAUAUCACAGACUGUAAAAUGCUAUGUAAAUAUUUAACUUGCAAAUAAUCAUCAUUUAUAUAAAAAGUUUACACUGAUCAGAUUGUGGAGGUUUUGGUGUCAUGUCCGUUACCGAAAUUAGACUUCCUGACAAUAUGUAGCAUUAGCGUAAUUCCUUCUAAGUUUGAUUGACACCUUUCAGUGGUUUAUGGGAAUAAUUGCUACCAAGAACUUUUUUAUGUCCCCCACCACUAUAGUGGGGGACAUAUUGUUUCUUCCCUGUCUGUAGGUCUAUCUGUCUGUAGGUUUGUUUGUUGGUUUGAGUGUAUGUUUGCGUCAAACUUUAAAAUUUGCCAUAACUUUUGCAAUAUUGAAGAUAGCAGCUUGAUAUUUUGCAUGCAUGCAUGUGUAUCUCAUGGAGAUGCACAUUUUGAGUGGUGAAAGGUCAAGGUCAUCCUUUAAGGUCAAAGGUCAAAUAUAUAGCUUCAAAGCGGCGCAAUAGGGGACAUAGUGUUUCUAAAAACACUUUUCUUGUUUAACCAUGUGACCCUGACAUUAACCUAACUAAAAAUCCUGAUAAUUUACAUUUAGGCUUAGUACUAGCACUUAGCAAGUUUCAUUAAUAUUCCUGCAUUGGUUUGUUUACGAGAAGAGGCGUGGACAAGGGAAACAUUUCUUUACUUUAUGCUUUUGUUUGCUCUUGUUUGAAGUACAAGAAAUCCAUGUUUUAACCUUCUAACCUUGACCCAAAUAAAAAUCCUCACAGUAUGCCGAACCAAGCUAGCUAUUAAUAAAUCUGACCAAGUAACAUUAAAAUCCUUCAUUGAUUUAUGCAAAGAAGCACUGGCAAGGUAAUUAUGUUUUUAACCUUGUGAACUUGACUUAAUUGACAAAUCUGCCAAUAUGCAAACCAAGGCUUUGUAAUGAACACUCCUUCUAAGUUUCUUUUUAAUCCUUUAAGUGUUUUAUGAGAAUAAGUGCUGACAAGAUUCAAGGAACAUCUAACCAGACAUCCUGACAUCACUCUGGACAGCGCAAAAAAUAUGUCUCCAUUACCAGCUAGGGAAUUUCAUUCCUUAUUCAUUCCAAAAAUUUAGCAAAUAAUAUUUGUACUCAUAAUGUAUCAUUUAUGGUGAUUUGAUGAUGUUGUUUUUUUACUUUUUGCUUUUGAACAGUAAAUUUGUGCACAUUCGGCGCUUAUCCAGCAUUGAUAUGGGCGGACCAAUACAUUGGAACAUACUCUGCCCACGUCAUGCAAAACAGUCAGAUUCAAUAUCUUGCGGUGUCUACGUUUUAAAGUAAGCAGAAUGCUACCUGCAGAAUCAAUCCCUAGAGUUUGUGCUCAGCAAAACACAACUACUAGAAGAACGGAGACGAAUAGCCAGAAGACUGCUUUCUGAAGGGGAAUUCAUUGGAUGUCAUCUAGAAGAGAUAGCAAGUAGCCCAUCAGUCGAACAUGAGAACUCGGACCAGCUGGCAAACACCCCUGCCUCUGCCAUGGAUUUGGAAGGGGGAGACACUGACCCAGUAGUCGAUCAUGUGGCAACAACUAGGAACUCGGACCAGCUGGCAAACACCCCUGCCUCUGCCAUGGAUUUGGAAGGGGGAGACACUGACCCAGUAGUCGAUCAUGAGGCAACAACCAGGAACUCGGACCAGCUGGCAAACAACCCUGCCUCUGCCAUGGAUUUGGAAGGGGGAGACACUGACCCAGUAGUCGAUCAUGUAGCAACAGCCAGGGAGUCAAGAUAUCCAGCCAGAGCGAGUACAUCAAAGGUUUGUGGCAGACAUUACCUGUUGACUUAUCAAAGAGGGAUGUAUUUAGCUUUACCCUCCCAUCAAAACAUGCACCUUUUCGCAGAGAGUCCAUUAUUUAUUAUUAACCUAAGAGUCAGAGAAACUCAUUGUCUGUGCAACAUGCCGGAUGAUGGAAGAGAGUACUGGCAGUGUGAAGGAUGCUUUAAAUGGUUCCAUCCGGAAUGUGUUGGUGAGUCAGUGGAACCAGAAAAGUACAAGUGCGCAUCAUGUUCACACAAGUGAACCAUACUAUUCUGUCGUAAAACAGUUGCGGGGAGUUAAAGAUCCCAACCUAAAAGCUUAUCUUGCGAAGGAUAAAUAGUGAGUCAAAGCGGACACAGUUGAUGAGGAAAUAUGCAUCCAGCAUUGGAAGCAAAAAUUUUCUUUAAAAAAAUACAAUUAAUUUAAUGAGGUAGUUUACAUAAUGCCCUGUCUGUUGGUUUGUUUGUUUGUGCAAACCUUAACAUUUGCAAUAACUUUUGCAAUAUUAAAGGUAGCAACUUCAUAUAUAGCAUGCAUGUGUAUCUCAAGGAUCUACACACUUUGAGUUGUGUAAGGUCAAGGUAUUUUUUUUGUUGGUAAAAUUGAUGAAUUAAUAUGACAUCUCUUUGCAAAUUGUUUAAAAAUUAAUACAUAACUUGUUUCAGAAACAUUGUUUAAUAACAUUCGAUUGUCAUUUAUUCGAAUUUGAAAGUUGUCAAAAGUAAUUAUUUCUCCCUAUACGGUAGCUUUAGGUAUAUGUGAUAUGUCAUAAGAAAACUAGUCUUCAUUGCAUUACAAAUUAAUGAAGCAUUCUUUACAUUUGCUUUUAUGACAAAAAAAACUAGUUUAGACUUGUAAAAUUGAUAAAAAUAAUUAUUUGAACAUAAAGUUUGACCAGAGUGAACAAUUUAAACACACAAGUUUAUAACGACGUGCAUCUUGUGCUUUGCAUUUGUUUAAAAGUUGCCUUAUAAUUGUGCGAAGCAUGUCUUCUCAAAUUAAAAAUGCAUCUUAUUCAAAGGUGAUCAGAACUAAAUGUGUUUUUUUUUUAUAAUUCAGGGAUAAAAAAAAAUCAGACUAAGAAACCAUAUACAAUAAUUCAUAGUCUGUUGUCUUCACAGAGAGAAACUUCAAUAAAAAAAAUAUGCUGUCAUUUUAUAAUACCUUCGUGUUUGCCUCGCGGUUGCCUAUUGAUUUGUUUUAAAAUAGGAAGUUUAUAAUGAGGUAUAUAACACAAAGAAAUUUCAUAUUUGAAUCAUUUUUAUGCUCCUCUAAAAAAUUCUUGUCUGAGCUUUUUCUCAGCAACUUAUUACGGGAAUUCAAUGAAACUUUAUGGGAAGCUUCACUACCAAGAGGAGAUGUGCAUGUUAUUAGCCAGUUAUGGUCGGAUGAUUUUUCACAGAGUUAUGGCCCAUUGAAAUUUUCCAUUAACUGUACAUAUUGUGCAUUCUUGUUCGGGCUAUUUCUCAGCAACUAAUGUCUGCAAUUGAAUGAAACUUUAUGGGAAGCUUCACUACCAAGAGGAGAUGUGCAUAUUAUCAGCAAGUUAUGUUCGGAUGAUUUUUCACAGAGUUAUGGCCCUUUGAAAUUUUCAAUAUACUGUACAUAUAGUGCAAUUCUUGUCUGGGCUAUUUAUCCCCAACUAAUAACUUGAAUUCAAUGAAGUUUUAUGGGAAGCUUAACUGCCUUGAAGAGAUGUGCGUGUUAUUUGUGGGUUCUGGUUAGAUGAUUUAUUUAGAGACUCAUGGUCUUUGAAAUUGUUAAGUUGCUAAACCAUCCAUCCUAUUAUUUUGUCCAAAGUUAUGCCCCUCAAGAUGUUUCCUUUUAUCUGAAUAUAUAGUGCAAUAUUGUGACCAAAAAAAACUUUGGGGAGCUUCACCCAUCUCUGACGGCUUGUUUUAAUUAAAUAUUAAUUGUAAAUCCCAUAUCACCUUUUAUCAUACUUUUUUGUAAUUUACAACUUGGUUUUCUGACAAUUGUUUUCCUUGUUUUGUUUCAAAUAGGCAUGAUAUGGUUACUAUUAAAUCAACUUCAUAUGUUCUUCCCUUGUGAUAAGUAUUUUUUAUAUCUAUUUCUUAAUAUUUUUCAGUAGUAAUAAUGUCUAAGAAUGUAUCUGGGUAGAAUGAAUAUCUGUUCUUUUAAAGGUUGUAACUGAUGCUCUAUUUCUUUUGGACAUGACAUGUUACUGUCUCGUUUGUACAGAGAUUCAAUUAAAUACUACAUUUUAUUAUGUGUGAUUCUAUUUUUGUGUUCCAAAUAGGCAGUCUGACAUAUUAGGUAUAUUGAAAACUCUUACAUAUAACAUUUGUAAGUAUCUGUUAUUAAUGAUAGUUAAAUGAAACAAUGGUUGUAUAGUUGUGUAUAUUACAAAGUAUAAUUAUUGUUAUAUUUCGAAAUAUGUUUAUUUUUAUAUUUUAAUUUUCAUACACUUUCAACUAUAAUUUGUAAUAGUGCCGUUGCUACUUAAAUUUUAUGUGGUUUGGAUGCUCACUGUUAUAUUCUAUGCUCCUUCAAAAUACAAUUAAGGUUUCACCUUAACAGUUAUAACGCGAGUGAAAAGCAUCCAUAUGUAGCAAUAUACACUGUAAACAUGUGAUUUAAAACAAGUUUUGUUCAAUUAUCUGUAAAGUUCAUUCAUAACUAUUUUAUAACAUGUCUGCUAAAUCCACUUACUGUAUUCAAGCAUUUUGCAUUAUUGUUUUUGUUUAACACUAGAAACUGUAAAGUUUAUGUGUAAUAAAAUUAUGUUCUGUUCUGUAAUGAUUGUAUGCUGAUGUAGUUGUUGCAUUAACAUUAAGUAGACAUAAAAAUUCGGUAUUCUAUAUACUACUAACAUUUUAUUGUGAUUCAAGUUGUAUUAAGUUUUGUUCUCUAAACAGAUAUUGAAUUAUUUUACUGAUACAACAACAUACGGUAUUAAAGCAGUUCCAUAUAUAGCUAGAUACACUGUUAUCAUGUUUGUCUAAAAUAUCUGUAAAGUCUAUCCAUAACCAAAUUAUGAUAUUUCUGUUAGAAAAAAAACGACAAACUAUAUGUAUUCAUGUAUUUUGUAUAAUCGCUUUGUUUAACACUAGAAACUGUAAAGUUUAUGUGUAAUAAAAUUAUGUUCUGUAUAUUACAUGAUAAUCUAUCAAUGUUGUUUUGUGAACACAACCUCUGGUUCUAUGGAAAAAAAAACACAAACCUUAAGCACUUAAUUUGUCGGUAUGUGUGCAUUUGUGUGUAUGGGUGUGCGAUAAAUUGCAAGUGUUUCCUGUUCGCGUGUUUGUGUUUUGUGUGAAUUAUGUUAAGCAAAUUAAUUUAACAAAAAAGUUUAUUUGACUUUAUUAGAUGAUAGUAUUGAGUGUCCUACCAAGAAAAAUUGGUGCACGCUAUUAAGGGAUCUACUAAGUAAUUUGGGAUUUUAUGAUGCUUGGUUUUUUCAAGAUGUUGGAAAUGAAAAUAUGUUUGUAUCAGUCGUAAGACAAAGAUAGAGCGACAUGUUUGUACAUAAUUGGAAUGAGCGACUUCAUACUUCUACUAGGGCAAAUUUUUAUAAACAUAUCUCCGUUUUUCAAUUUCAACCGUACCUGAAUACAUGUAUAUGCAAUGUCAACAAGUUUCGAGUAAAUUUAUCAAAAUUACGUAUGUCAUCACAUAGAUUAAAUAUCGAGUCAGGCAGAUGGGCUAGACCUACACCAAUUCCAUUAGAUCAAAGAAAGUGUACUGUUUGUAAUUAACUCGAAAAAGAGUUUCAUUUUAUUCUUGAAUGUACAAUAUAUACUGAACUGAGAUCAAAAUAUAUUCCAUUGUAUUACAGACAACGACCAAACAUGUACAAAUUUAUCGAGCUAAUAGAGCUAAUAACAUCAAAUAAUGAACUAUUAAUAAAAAAAUUAAGCUGUUAUAUUUAUCACUCUUUUAAGGUUCGAACGCAUAAUACAUGUGUCAUCAAUUUGAUUUAUUCUGAAAUGUUUUGUGCGGUAUAUAUCUUGUUGUAACUUUAAUUGCAUUUAUUAUGUACUGCAUAUUAAUUGUUGGGAUAGUACCGCAUAUGUAACGUGUUUUUAUUCACGUGUUUUUUAAUCUGUCUUUGUGUUUUAACGGUCGCCUUUAAUGGACUGUCAAAACUGUAUUUGAAUGUAUUUAAUCAAUUGCCAUUAUUAUCUUUUUAAUGAAGGUUAUAUUAUAGUAUCGUGUCUGUUCCUAGAUGUAUUCUACGACAAUAUGGCUGCAUUUUUAGAACUGUUAUGCACUGAUUUACAACUAUUAUGUCUGUCGGUCGGUCGGUCCGUAUACCAGGUGGUUUCCGGAUGAUAACUCAAUAACGCUUGGGCCUAGGAUCAUGAAACUUCAUAGGAACAUUGAUCAUGACUCGCAGAUGACCCCUAUUGAUUUUCAGGUCACUAGGUCAAAGGUCAAGGUCAUGGUGACCCGAAAUAGUAAAAUGGUUUCCGGAUAUCUCAAGAACGCUUAUGCCUAGGAUCAUGAAACUUCAUAGGUACAUUGAUCAUGACUCGCAGAUGACCCCUAUUGAUUUUCAGGUCACAAGGUCAAGGUCACUGUGACCCGAAAUAGUAACAUGGUUUCCGGAUGAUAACUGAAGAACGCUUAUGCCUAGGAUCAUGAAACUUCAUGGGUAGAUUGAUCAUGACUUGCAGAUGACCCCUAUUGAUUUUGAGGUCACUAGGUCAAAGGUCAAGGUCACGGUGACCCGAAAUAGUAAAAUGAUUUUCGGAUGAUAACUCAAGUGUGCUUUUGCCUAGGAUCAUGACACUUCAUAGGUACAUUGAUCGUGACUCGCAGAUGACCCCUAUUGAUUUUUAGGUCACUAGGUCAAAGGUCAAGGUCACGGUGACAAAAAUCGUAUACACACAAUGGCUGCCACUACAACGGACAGCCCAUAUGGGGGGCAUGCAUGUUUUACAAACAGCCCUUGUUUGUAUAUUGCAUUAAAUUGAGUUUAUUAGCCUCAUACACUCUGACGCACUUAGGAUAUAUUUAAUUACAUGUAUACUUUCGAUAAUUAUUUAUGUUCUAGUGUAAUGUAUAAUAACUCAUAAUGUAUAAUAAUUCAUGUAGGCACCGUUGUAACCAAACGAUUUUAUUUCUUUGCAUAACUUUAUUUUGUAUAAUCAUAAACUGUGUAUUGUGGAAACACUGUAUCAUGUAUGCUUGAUUUGUCCACUUGGGCUUUUGGCUUUCUGGAUGGAUUGUUUAAUAAACUAUGUUCUAAAAAAUGCAAA